AUUUUCAGGAGUCAGCAGAAACAUUGUAUCCAAAAAAGACAAAGUCGCAGUUACAACACCAGCGAGGAGAUUGUCUCUGGAAAACUUCCUUUCGCUUUAUUUCCUUGAAGACUCCAGGCUUCGGCUUGGAGACCCCAGCCAUCACCAUUGAGCCCAGCAGCUGGAGCGGCAGUGAGAGUCCUGCCGAAGAUAUUGAAAGAAUGAGUGAUUCUGCAGAUAAACCUAUUGACAAUGAUGCAGAAGGUGUCUGGAGCCCUGACAUUGAACAGAGCUUUCAGGAGGCUCUAGCUAUCUAUCCACCAUGUGGGAGGAGGAAAAUCAUCUUAUCAGAUGAAGGCAAAAUGUAUGGUAGGAAUGAAUUGAUAGCCAGAUACAUCAAACUUAGAACAGGGAAGACACGGACCAGGAAGCAGGUGUCUAGUCACAUACAGGUCUUAGCAAGAAAGAAAGUUCGAGAAAUUCAAGCCGCCAUUAAGGUGUCUAGUCACAUUCAGGUUCUUGCCAGAAGGAAAUCUCGUGAUUUUCAUUCCAAGCUGAAGGAUCAGACAGCAAAGGACAAAGCACUCCAGCACAUGGCAGCAAUGUCAUCAGCUCAGAUAGUCUCAGCUACUGCUAUUCACAACAAGCUGGGCCUGCCAGGAAUUCCCCGUCCUACAUUUCCUGGGGCACCUGGGUUUUGGCCGGGCAUGAUUCAAACGGGGCAGCCUGGAUCCUCACAAGACGUAAAGCCAUUCGUUCAGCAGGCCUAUCCUAUACAGCCAUCAGUCACAGCUCCCAUUUCAGGAUUUGAGCCUACGUCAGCUCCAGCUCCUUCAGUCCCUGCGUGGCAGGGGCGGUCAAUUGGUACGACCAAGCUCAGGCUGGUGGAGUUUUCAGCUUUCCUUGAACAGCAGAGGGAUCCCGAAUCAUACAAUAAACACCUCUUCGUACACAUUGGACACGCUAACCAUUCUUACAGUGACCCGUUGCUUGAAUCCGUGGACAUUCGUCAGAUUUAUGACAAAUUUCCUGAAAAGAAGGGCGGCCUAAAGGAACUGUUUGGGAAGGGGCCCCAAAACGCUUUCUUCCUCGUAAAAUUCUGGGCUGACUUAAACUGCAACAUUCAAGAUGAUACAGGAGCAUUUUAUGGAGUCACUAGUCAGUACGAGAGCUCAGAAAACAUGACAAUCACCUGUUCCACCAAAGUCUGCUCAUUUGGAAAACAAGUAGUAGAAAAAGUAGAGACUGAAUAUGCAAGGUUUGAGAAUGGCCGAUUCGUGUACAGAAUAAAUCGCUCUCCAAUGUGUGAAUAUAUGAUCAACUUCAUACACAAGCUGAAGCAUUUACCAGAGAAAUAUAUGAUGAACAGCGUGUUGGAAAAUUUUACAAUUUUAUUGGUUGUAACAAACAGGGAUACACAAGAAACCCUGCUCUGCAUGGCUUGUGUAUUUGAAGUGUCAAACAGCGAACAUGGAGCACAGCAUCAUAUCUACAGGCUUGUAAAGGACUGAGCAGUUAUUUAUAUAUACACUUCAUUUCACUUCUUUAUCAAAACACAGACUGUAAACCUCAACACUAAGUGGCAGUGCCUCUGGCCCAACUUUCACCCACAUUUUUCUAAAUCCUGUUUUAGUGAAGUCAUUUUUAAUGUGUUCAUAUAUAAUUGUAGCUGUGAAAUUCUGGUACAGUUGUAAAAAUUAUUUCUAAAACUUAAGUGUUCUUCAAAUUUGUAAACCACAGUUCUUUGGGAAGACUGUAUUUAAGAACCUAAUGCCUCUGUCUGUGGAGGCCUAUUUUUAAUUCUGGUAGAAAAAUGUACGACAGAGCAUUUGCCAUGGGGAAAAAACUGACAGCAUUUCUAAGAAUUUAUUUUGGGUUUUUUUUCCAACAUGAAAUACUUGUUUUACAAUGCAAGUGAAAUUGAAAUGAAUCUUUAGCUAUAACUGUAAAUGAGUACGCAAAGUUAAUAAUCUUUAUAGAAUUAUCUUUGUAACUAAUUAGGGUGGAAGAUAUGGACGAAUGUAAUUCACUAAAUUAUUUUUUAAAAUGAAACAUUUUUCUGUUUGAAACCAAAUGAAAAAUAGAGCCUUAAGAAAUGCCUGGUAGAAACAGACAGGUCCUAAAAUUAGGCAAAUUUUGUAUUUUUUUCUCAACACUAAAACUAAUCUUCUAAUCCAUUAAACUUUCAAACAGGUAUCGCAGAGAAAGAAAACAUCAUCCCUUAUCCCUAACAUAUCUAGUGUAUUUUAAAAGAGUAUAAAGUUGUAUUGUACUAAUAUGAAAAUUUGAUUAUUUAAUGAAAAAAGAUGGCUCAUUUUGCAAUAAGUGGGUAAAUACUGAAGAUUUAGACUUGCAUUAUAUGUAGUCUUGUGUGUGUAGUUAUAUUUUAUAUGGACAACUAUGUUUCCUCGUAAGUUAAGCGAAAAACUUGCAACUCUGAGACGAGCAGACGAACGGAAACAACUGACACUGCGACAGCAUCGCCUGGUUCGUGCACCGAAAGCAGAACACUAAGGUGUUUGAAAGAAGAAUACGGACACCUCCGAAAGGAUCAGCAGCUUUAAUAUCUGUGAGGCGCUAGAAAAUCACAACCAACGUCAGGCAAAGAAGACUGGAAAGCGGAGAUUUUUUGUUUUCUCCUUUUCCUCUUUCUCAUGGUGCUCUUACACCUCUCCCAGUUGUCGCUCCAGUUCCGACUGGCGAAGGCCUUCUACAAAACAGACGUGUACGUACCACAUGGGGUCUGAUGUCCUCUCGUGUCUGGAUGUGGUAGUAUUCAUCCUUCUGAUAUAUUCAGGGAAGACUCCAGGAAAUGAAGUACAGCUGGAGAUAUUUUAAUACUGUAAGGAUUCAAACCAUGGAUGUGGGUGUGAGUGAUUGUCUGAGGUACACACAUGUGAGAGAAGUAGUCUCGCUCCUCCUGGCCAUGCCAGAGAGUGUCGCUCGGUUUCUUUUCUCCUGCUGCACACCCAGCACUCCUCUCGGAUGCCUGAGCAGCGGUGGUUUUGGCGGGUGCCGGGCUAGCAGCAGGUUCUCAUGUGAAACAUUUGUCUGAAAGGCUGAGGGCUGUCCCGCCAAGCACAAGCCACCUUAAAGAUCAGUCAUAAGGUAUCAGCAGAGUGUUCUUGGGAAGGUCUUUUGCAGUCCCAGAUGGGAGAAGUUAACAUUUAGCAGGUUCCGCCUCCCUGCCCUUUAUCGAUAUGCGCCCAUGCACAAUUUAAGUCUAGACUGCUCCCAGGCACAGUCUUCAAAAAUCUAGUUUUGUUUUUAUUUUAUAUUCUGUUUCCCAGACAAGGUAGUGGGUUGCUGUACAUCUGUGUCAGACCAUGUUCUUACUUAACACCAGGGUGGACUCAGGUAAGACGGUACAAAUAUCAGCAAGGGGAAGGGUGACUGCUGAAGUUCCUUAGCAUGCCUCUGAGCUGACACUGGUGGGUGGGUGAUUGCUGUGAUGUCUAGCUGUUACCUGCUCAUGGAUAUUAGAGCUGAUGAUCUUUCGGUUUGUGGUCUGUGAACUGAACAGAGAAACAUGUCCAUGGUAAGGUCUCUUUUAACACACAUUGUUAACACUAACAGUCACAUCAGGAAAAGCACUGCAUUGUAACAGCCUAACGGUAGCCCUUUAUUCUAAGCACUUGGUGUUACAAGUCAAAAACUACUUUGUUUUUUUCUGUUUUAUUUUGUUCUAAAGUUGUCUUUUAUUUAGGGUUUGAAUUGUGGUUUUGGUGAUUUUAAUUUUUUUUGUUUUUUUAAAUAACAAGCAAACACUCUGAGGCAUAUAAAGUAUGUAAGUCAAUUUGCAAAACCAGGUACCGUCUUUUUGAUAGAAUCUGGCACACCACAUAUGCCAUAACUAUAGGGUAUAAAAAGUCACAAUGUUUAUUGGUGUUCACGUAUGUAAUAUUAGGGAAACUACUUCCAUUGUCUUUUCCUUACACUUCUGUAAAUGAUCCAUACCCUGUAUAUGUUAAUUCUUAAAAGCCUUAAUCCUUCACCUGUCCAGUGUGGGGUGUGUAGUCCAACAGGCUGCCUGUAAACUGUGAGCUCUUUUGUAAGCUGGAAGUACUUCUCCUGUUACUGUUAAGUUUUUUGUAGGAACCUUUUAAUUGAGAGCUGCCAAAGCAUUACAAUAUGCAGUGCCUUAGCAUUAUAUUAGAAAUACCUUUAGCCUCUAACAUGAACUUUAUAGAUUGUUUUAUUAAUUGGUUCCAUUGUUAAAAAAUAUCUGUACUUUUUUUCCCCAGAGAAAUGCUCUUUGACCGCUUGGUCUAAACCGACCUUCUGUACAAGUCAGUCCCGUUACUGCGCAGUUAAAUGCCUAUACCAAAAGGAAAGGUUACAGAUUCUUAGUUCUCCGUGAAAAGUGAAUUAUAUUAACAAAUGCUGCCUUUUUAAAUUUCAUGACCAAAUAAUUAAUUGUGACUCUUCUGCACUCUAGCAUGAAAGUGCCUUUGGUUUGAAAUUCCAGCUUAGAAAAGUGCUGCCAUAAUAAUGACAAUUUGUAGAGAGACCAAAAAUAUUUAGUUAUCACCGUAAUGCCUUUGGUUUAUUGGAAUAAGUUGAAUCUACAGGCCUCCAUUCACAAAACAGCACCAUUUAUAGCAAAGUCGUUUUGCUAGCAAUCAGCCUGCUGAAGAAUAACCUACUGUUUGCCGUUUCUGACAGCAUUGCAAACCAGCAACUGAUUUGUCUGUGACAUAAAAAUGAAAGUGGUUCACGUUUGUAUUCUCUUCAUCCAGUCGUGCAUCUGCAUGGUGACAGAUCCAUGUACUGCAGAAGUUCAGACAGUGGACAAAUGUGACUUUAUUGCUCUCCUCUAACAAUAUUUGAGUAUCUGUGAAGAUUUUUUUGUUUAGACAAAAGAUUUUUGUUUACAAAGUUGUGCAUGCUGCAAGUCAGAUGCAUCAAGCGAGACUCAACCAGAGAACGAAAUAGUUGGGUAAAUGCAAUUGGGUGGGUUUAAGCAAUGAAGUGUCGAAUGUGAGCGUUGCGGAUGAAGGUGCUGUUUGUUAGAGAAACUCUGGCCAGCACAAUUCUAAACACAGGGUUAUUUUGUUUUGGUUUUCUCCCAGAUGAUGUCUUGUUAAAAAAAGAAAAACUGCUCCUCUUGAUAUUGUGUCUGUAUUUGAUACCUUCUGUGAACGGGGGCCAUACUGUACGCUACAACUCAAAUGGAUGGGAAGAGGAGACAGAUUUUAAGAAAAUGAUAUUAGAAAGAACAAAUAUCAGCAAAACCAAAAGCUGUCAGAGGGAUUAUAUAGUUGUGAAUACAAUUUUAACUUGAUUUUUAAAGUAUUUGAUGAAAACUAAGAUUAACUUUUUAUAUAUAGAAAUAUUGUGACACUGUGUGGUAAAUAUUGUGAUAAUUCAAGCUCCCUGUCUCUAAAAUAUUAUUUUUGUUAUUCCUUCAAGGUUUAAAUCUCACUUACCUCUCUAUAAGACAAGUAAUCCUGUUGAAGUCAGUGAGACCGAGGUAGGGCAAAGACACUUUCGCCCCACAAGUAGAGCAGAUCUUUUCAGUUACCAAACCUUUCAGCUGUAUUAGUCAUUAUUUGUGAUAAACUACACCUCUGUCUCAUUAAAAUAAGCAUAACGGUACCAUUUGGGGCUGUUAAAAAUUGCUACUAACAGAAGUAGUUUUACUUACUUGAAUUCCAAAUUAUUUUGUUUAGGUACUGCACCACUAUUUUGAAGGAAUUGCAGAUCUUAUGCCUGUUUCUCACUUUUCCUUUCUACUGCAGCUACAGCUCAGUAAGUUUGGCAGUAGCUUCUGCUCAAACCUCCACAGUAUAGGCUAUUGGAAAUAAUGAAGGGUGUACAUUAAUGUUGAAUGUCAGGAACUGGCCAGUUCAAGGCAGAUACAACAUUUGACGUACUAAUCUGUAGCUAUUUAUUUUUCCACUGCAAGUCCUAGGAGGUACUUGCUUUCUGUUCCCCUUAACAGUUUUCCUGGAUCACUCAGUCAUACUGAGAAACCUUUUGUCUACCUUUGACUUGGCCCAGACUGACACACAUACGAGGGCACGCAGCAGAUGGUCAUAACAGAGUCUGGUGUUACACUUUUCUCAGGAUGAUCUCUUUUUUCCCCUCUUAUCUUUCAUAAUGAGACGUUUAGCUCCCUAAAAAAAGAUUGAGGCUGGAUAAGUCAAAGUACAAGAAACACUUUGGACAUCUUCAUCUUUUAACUUUUCAGGUCAUUCUUGCUGAGAUCAUGUAAUUAGUUUUAGUGUGUAAAUUAAACCUUAAAUGCACUCAGUUGACUAAAAGGAGAUGGAUCCCUGUUACCUCCUUACAGAAUAGGUGGUUUUGGUUUUGCUUUGUUUUAUGGGCCUCUGAUUCAGGCUCAUGACUGCAGACAAAAAAUACAAUAUGUGCCUGAAAAAAAAAAAAGACAAAAGAAUUUUAUAACAUUGAAAA